CUAUUUUGUGAUUAUGGUACACCAGUGCAACAGCGAGCACUCGCUAGGUCUAGAAGACUUCUCUUGUCCCAGGCCUUUUCACCUACAGAAAGCAAGGUCGUAGGAUUCUAUGUGAUAGCCGAGCCAAUCAGAUCUUGAUGAGGCUGAACUCGUUGGCGUAGCGUGGGGCUGUGUGCUGCCUCGCGCUUCACUUCAUGAACUGCGCUCCACCCCUUUACUACACUCUUUUACUCGCAAAGCUAUCAUCUCACUACUGUUGAUACGUCCCCUACACCUCAUCAAGCAACCCCAACUAGUCCGAGGUGGCACUCGCUCUGUCUUCGGCAAGAAGUACUCAUCCACGUCGCAAGGCUGACAUGCGUCAUACAGAUGGCUGAAAUACUCACGGUUCUGGGCGGUGUGGGAUCGAUCUUUAGUAUUGUGGACGGCAUCAGUAAAGUGAUCGGCAUGAUCAGGGAUCUUCAAGCCAGAUGGGGCGAAGCGGAUCUUACUUUGCUCAGCUUGGCUUCUCAGCUCACAGCCUUGCGGGCUGCGUCAACCCAAAUCCAGGAAUGGAUAGAUGAGGAUCCGCAAGAUACUCAUCAUCAGUUGAUCAUGGAUCUAGAUGUUUCGAUCUCUUGCUGCAAGCUGUUGAUGGAUAAGGUCGAAAGCUUCUUUGCCAACCUUUCACAGCUGACGGAGAAACCCUUGGACCUUCGCGAUAAGUGGAAAGUCGUUUUCGGAAGUAGCAGUGCGGAAGGCGUACUAAAGCUCAUCGAGCACCAGACGAGUGCACUGACUUUAUUGCUGACAGCGUGCAACUGUAGAACGAUCGGUGCACAACAAAGAUAUCUCGAGACCAAAAAAACUCGCAAAGUGCUUCAGCGGGCGAAAACAGAUUCAGUUUCGCUGUAUGUCCACCGGGACACAGCAUCCCUAACCAGCAAGAUGACGGACAACCUUUCCAAAAUCUCGCGCACCUUUGAAUUUGACUCGAACGUCUUCUCAACCGGGGUUUACGAGCGUGCAUUUCGAGGUUCAAUCAAAGACAUCCUUAGGAGAAGACAACACACCGUGAUCAGCCCUUUGCCAGCUUCAGGCAAGACGGAAGGCGUAUCAACCCCAAAGCCUUUCAAGACGAUUCGCAUCCUAGGACAAGAUCAGAUUGGCAUGGAUAUGCUUGUCAAUGCAAUUGAAAUUAAGACCGAUUCAUUAGGGCCAUCCCACAACUGGCAUCUGUACCAGUCAAGGUUGCAGCAGCUUUGUUUGAGCCUUCUAUGCAAGAUUCUCUUAGAGACGCGCUUGAACUUCUCCGAUCACGAGCACAUGGAUGUUCUCAAGUUGUACUCAGACCCGUAUCCUGAAGAAACUUCCGCCCCGCCAGAUGUCCUAGAAGCUUGCGCAAACGUCUGGAGGGAUGCAACGCGACUGAAUCAGGAGUCGCAUGUUACCUACAGGGAGAGAUUCGAGUUUGAGGGUAUGAUCUUCUGGAUCCGGUCCGCAGGCGAUGGACGCUUGAGCCUUACCAGCGGCAACUACGAAGCCAGUCUUUUCAUUCACCUGAUGGACCGCGCCUUGCCAGAAAACCCCUCCGAGCUUCUUCCAAGUCUUCCUAGACUUGCGGACUGUCUAAGAGCAGAACAAACGGCAUAUAACUCUGCCAAGAGCACACGUGCCUUUUCCAAAGACGCGGUACUUCAGGAUGUCGCUUACCAAUUCACUGUUGGCGCCUCUGGUACAGUGACAACUGUCCGCGCAGAUGCCCAAAAUUUUGGAGACGAGACUGCGCUCGUAUUCUUCUUCGACCUUCAAGACUACAACAUGAAGUCUCGCUCUUUCAAGGAGCUCGAAGAGAGAAUCACAACCAGCUCACUGCAAAUAGCAAGGUUGAGACCAGAUCACAAACGACCAAUGGUGGGUCUCGUUUUCAGAAACUUCAUUACUUUCGCACAGCAAGUGGAAAAGGUGGGAUUUCCUCUGGAGGGUGACAUGACUACGCACAACGCCUGCAAAGUGAUUCCGCAUGUUCAGGAACUGCUUGAGAGUCGUGUUCAGAAACGAGGUUGGCGCUUCUCAUUCGUGCUGCAUAACUUUGAAAACAUUCAAGGGGCAGAUCUCAUGGCUCGUCUCCAUGAUGCUACUAGCGGAACUAACACGGCGUCUGAGCCCACUCAGCAGAAUUCGGGCAAGGAUGACACGGGUAAAGACAAACUGGGUACAGAUAAACUGGGUAUAGAUGAGGCGGCCAUAGAUGGGCCGCAGGUAGAGGGAUCGCGUACAGAUGGGUUGGGUAUAGAUGAAUCGGUUACUGGAAUCGGCAUUGCCACCUGACAUUCAUCCGGUGUCAACUAUGUACUCGCUAUCUAUUGAGUAUAUAAGCCAGGUUGUACUGGGGUUCUACUUCUAUCUGCUUCACGAGUCGACUUAGAUCUUCAACGAGCUUCACUUAGCAGAUCGGUGAGGCCUUUCGGAUUAAUGGUUCUAUCGUCUAUAUUAUUUCUUACUCCGGAC